CCUCAGGCCAAAUAGGUAUUCCCUUGAGCUCGUUCCAUGUCAUCGUCCUAUGAGCCACGAUUGAAGAACAGUAAAGCGUCAACUCUUCAAGAUUCAAUCAAUACGACGCGUAAUUACUUCUAGACAUACAGACAUUGGCUGUGAUUACGGGAUCAUUACUGUUUUGAAACGUGAAAGUACGCGUCAAAGUUGAUGCGCUAGAUCCUUGCUUCCCUCUGUCUGAUCCCACAUCUACCACCACACGGAUUAUAGAUUAUCGCAGCCUCGCAUCAUCAAGACCUCAAUUCAAUCAUUCAUGCGUCGCCAUUCUUCGAGUUUUCUCUCUCGAAAAGUGUGGCUUUAACAUCUGUGCUAUUUAUCACUACAAUUCAUCGGCACACAACAGCACACUGGGCCAUGCCUCCUAAGAGACGAGGACGUCCUGCGGCAACAGAAGCAACGCAACCAGAGCCCGUUGCUGAUCAUGAGCGCCAUGGCCACGGUGACAGCGACGGCGACGCUGCCUCAAACAGAGAAGCAGAAGAUUCGGAUCCAGAUAUAAGCCAAGGCGAAGCCGAAUCCGCAAGCUUCAAAUUCUUCAACACAACAUUUUCCACUUUUCGCGUCUCCCCGCUAUACAUAGGCCAGAACUCGCUCACACCCGAGGGGCUGCAGAAACUGUCCAGGCGUCUGCGCGACACCCUCGUGGGUGACGUCGUGCGUGGCGUACAAGUUGGUCUCGAGAGCGAUACCACGCUCGGCCGCCUCGGCGUACUAGAGAGGGUAGAAUGGCGAGAGUGUGACUCCGUACUUCUUUUCCCCACAUUAGCAGAUACGGGAAGCAUACACGACGAGGCGACGCAGGGCCGCAAAUACAUGCAGCCCAGGAGGAAUAAAGGGAAAACUAAGGACACAGGCGCACAGUCAGAGCAGGUGCCACAGCUCUUAUGUCUAGAUCUACAGUACGAAAAUGCUGCCUUCAACGCCAUCAUGAUACCGUCACUCGAUGACGGGAGAAAACUAAGCGGGAAUAAAAUACACGACGAUAUUCGAGAUGAAAAUGAAGCUGGGUUAUCGCAACCUCCCUCGUGGACGCAGAACAUUACAAUGUCUAAAAGCAAGUCGCAAGACAAACGAAGAGAGACAACAGAAGACGAGUACAAGGAUAGUUCCUUCGCCCACUUUCCCUUACUACUGAUGCGCAUGCCUGCUCCGCUCAAGGCCGUCCUGGUAGAUUUUCUCUCUAGCACCUUCGAUUGCCGAAUCAGCCCUCUCCAUCUCGGUACACGGACUCUAGUCCGCAGCUGGGAACGGUGGAUAGAAGAAAGCAGCGCGAGUACAGGAAAAAUGCUAGACAAAGACAUUGCGCUGACACUUGGAUUUCAUCUCGAACCUAUGACAGACACGGCAAUAGCAGGCUCAGAAGCACAGCAGAAGGCCCACGAUCAUUCAAAGCCAACGGCGCUAGGUCUGAAAACUAUCGACAUAGUGGUCCCCUCGGAAGAAAUCCGGCGUUUCUUACGCGUUGGAAAGAAGACUAUCACAGAUCCUAGUAACGGCAAGGAUCAAACAGGUAGUAAGAAACGUCCUGCCACAAGCUCCGCACAAGAGCAGGAGAAGGAACGACUCCGACGCCGGAGAUUAGGAGGGAGCAAAGACGAAGAGGGGUGGGCAUGGCGCGAGAGUCCGCGCGAGCAAGAUCAAGAAACUAUAGCCGAUAAUGACGACGGGAUACCAGAGACCUUCUCCCAGCCCUUCACAGACGCGUUAUCACACUACCUAGACCACCACCUAGCGCUGGACAUGACGCACCCAGGCGUGCGCGUGCUACGCGUGGUCUGCGACGCCUUCGCACUCUCCGAUACGCGGGUGAAGGUCUUCGCGCCUCGCGGAGGUAGAGGUGAUGAUAAUAAUACGCAUGGGGACCUCGCCAUCGACACAUUCCUGCGCAGCCUGGUGCGCAAGGCCCAGGGCCGAGAAUGGAGUCAGAGUGCGCUGCAGCUGGCGAAUCUACAGGUCAUAAUGUGAAUGAUAUUUGAUGACACAGGAUUAUGUCUCUACCACCCAUGCCUUGCUUCCUCGCCAGCUUAGUCCACGUAUAUUCAUUAUACGUAUCACGGUAUUUUGGACAUACGUAUUCGAGUUAUCUCAUCAGUCCAUACCCUUUAUAUAACGAACCAAAUGUCCCCUUCGACUAAGAUCAAGUCAGGGCCUCUCGAAGAAAAGACCAAAAUAGCAUAGGGAAUGCUUACGAAGCUAAGGGGUUCAGGGGUAUUUCUCCACGCUGCGGACUGUAGUUCUACCUACAAUAUGACCUUAGCUACUUAUUUUAAUUGAAUGAACGGAUGAAUAAACCCCUGUACCUUAUCAAACAAAGCAGAAGUCUAGAUAGGUUAAGAUGACUAUAUACGCCUAGCCGCCUAUACUCUGUAAUCUUGACAGACAGGCUCAGCCAAGAGGAUAUAUAGAAGUGUAAACACCAUUGACAGCGAAUGCGAAUCCUACUUCAUCACCUCAGCG